CAGGAAAUGGGUAUUGGAAAAUAUCUGAAAUGGUUUGCUAAAAACCAUGCGUGAACUCUCUUUCUCCGAAAGAAAUGUCACUUAGUUUAAAUUUUAGUCUAAUUACAGUACAUUUAUUUAAAUGUGGAAUAAAUUGGUUCCCCUGUUAUUCUGCCAAAUCUUGCUUUGUCUUCCUACUUCUAUCUGAAACAUAACUCCACUUUGUUUACUUCUCUAACGUGCUGUUGAUCAAGUGCUUGCGGGCGGAAUCAGUGUUGUAUCCGCGUGCGCCUUUUCCGAGACGAUGUUAAAAGCAUUUCUCCAUUGCACAGUUUGCGACCCGUAUCCAUUAGUGUCGAUGCAUAUUUAUGGAGGCUACACAUCCGUGUACAUCCACGAGCGUCUGUUCCUAACUCCGUUGCUCUCUGUUCUCUCGUCUCAUGCAGUAGUCUUUUGUUUAGAGCACGGGGAUCAUUUCACAACGCUGCAAUUACCAGUUUCGCAUCGAUUUCUGCUGCCAUCGUGCCCAGAACAGCGCUCAAUUACUGGGAAGACUUUCUCGGCAUGGCGCUUCGCCCACACGUUUGCAAACCGGAGUCCUGUUAAAGUAGACUAGACUACAGGGUACACUAUAUAGACCGUCGAUAUGCUGGACCAUCGCUUCGGUCCUGACGCUCCUGCAUCCUUGUCGACCAAUCAGAGCCGCGAUAGCGCUCCGCCCCUCCCGUUUCUCUCAGACAUGUGAUCCGAAGCGGUCUGGAAACCUGCCGCUCGCCUCCAGCGCGUUAUUGUGGUAAACAGGUACGGAGGAAUGGAACUCCGCAAGUCUCUGACAAACUCACAGCGCUUCGCGAGCGCACGGAUCGACGACAGUCAGUCUAUCUGACCGCACGUUGCUUCCUCCGUGGAUGUUAUAACUUCGGCGCGUCACUCGAAUGGGAUAUAUGCCUUUUGCCCCUGUAUUUCUGUUUCUCCAAACCACCUCUUGCGUCUUUUUUAGUUUGCUUUUUGUUUUCGCCUUUGAACAUUUUGAUUACCGAUCACCCGGCACGCUUCCUUCCCGAUACCAUCUCCACCCCUGCCAUCGCCUUCACCACUUCAGCACCCAGACCUCUCUCAUUCCGCAUCUGCACCCUCUCGCUUCGGGCGGAUCCUCCGGUCAUCCAGAAACACCCGCUUCAUGGGGCACACUUCUUUCGUCGGAAAAUGUCCCUCUCUUGGCUCCUGAGCUUACCGGCCAAGUUAAUCACAUUAGGACCAGGGCUGCCGUUGUGCGUCUGUGAACUGUAUCGGGGAAACUGAGAUGGGUGUCUCGGUGGCGGCGGCCCUACACGAGCCCCGAAGUCCGCAUCAGUGGAGCCGGAUAGUGGGACAUUGGGUAUGGAUUGCUGUCUUGUCCUUUCUCGCCACUUUCCCGGUGCAACAACUUGGCGCUUUCCCGUCCUCUCUCAGCGACUGUCAGACUCCAACUGGAUGGAAUUGCUCGGGUGACGAUGAACGGGACACAGAUCUCUUCCUUUGUGACACCAACACUUGCAAGUUUGAUGGCGAGUGUCUCAGAAUCGGGGACAUAAUAACAUGCAUAUGCAACUUCAAGUGCAACACUGACUAUGUUCCUGUGUGCGGCUCCAACAACGAAAACUACGAGAACGAGUGUUUUCUGCGGAGAGAUGCCUGCAAACAGCAGACUGAGAUUCUGGUGGUCUCUGAAGGGUCCUGCCCCGCAGAUGCUGGAUCAGGAUCAGGAGAUGAAGGGAAUGAGGGUUCAGCGGAGAAUGGACAGAAGGAGACGUCCACCUGUGACAUUUGCCAGUUCGGGGCGGAGUGUGACGUGGAUGCAGAAGAUGUCUGGUGCGUCUGUAACAUAGACUGUUCCCACAUUAGUUUUAACCCCGUGUGCGCAUCAGAUGGCCGUUCCUAUGACAACCCCUGCCAGGUCAAAGAGGCGUCGUGUCAGAGGCAAGAACGAAUCGAAGUGAAAUUCCUGGGUCACUGUCAGGGUGACAUGAUUACAGGCACUAAAGCAGGAGAUGGACAGUACGCCAGGACAGACUACACAGAAGAGAAGCCUGAAGUUUCAGAGGUGGCGAGGGGUCUGUACAUUCCCUGCCCUGACCACUAUAAGAACUAUUGUGUUCAUGGAGACUGUGAAUAUCCUAACAUGCUCUCUACACCAUCCUGCAGCUGUCACUCAGGAUUCAGCGGUCAGCAGUGUGACACUAAAGAGUACAAUGUGUUGUAUGUGGUGCCUGGUUCCGGAAAGCUCCGCUACGUUCUCAUCGCAUCUGUCAUUGGAGCUCUGCAGGUGGCCAUCAUAUGUGUAGUGGUGCUGUGUAUCACCCGGAAGUGCCCACGGACCAACAGAAUCAACCGACAGAAACAGAACACAACACACUACAACUCUGAAAACACCCUGCGCGCCUCCACCCGUCUCAUUUGAACGCUGGGAGCGGUGAAUCAUGGGAAACGUAGUUCGGACAGAAAAUAAACACGCACUCUCCGUCCCCGCAGAGACACUUUGCAUCCUACUGGAUGAUGGAACGGAGCUGGAUGAGGGCGCCGAUAUAACGGAGGAUGAUGGGUUCUACACGCGAUGCCUUGCACCUGUGGCACAGGACACAAACAGAGAAUUUUAGGACACCAUGAUAGGAUAUGUCCUGUUAUUUGGUUAUGUAUGGGUAAUAUUUCCAAUAGAUAAUUUGUUUGUCUUGGUGGGGUCCUUUUUCUGUAAUGUAAAUAAAUAAUUUAUAUCACAAA